AUAUUCUUAAGUGUGGCAGCUCUGAUUCUAAAAAGCGGUGUGUUUGACAGCUCCGCCAAACGGGGAAAAAAUUGUCAUAUAUUAAUCGUUUAAUUUCCGCUGCUGUUAUUUUAAUAAUUUAGCAGCCAUGACGAUUGGAAAGAACAACAAAAUGAUCCAGCACCUUAACUAUAGGGUGCGGAUCAUGCUGCAAGACUCCCGCACUUUUAUUGGCACCUUUAAAGCAUUCGACAAACACAUGAAUUUAAUACUUGGCGACUGUGAAGAAUUUCGCAAAAUUCGAUCGAAAAAUUCCAAAGUACCAGAACGUGAAGAAAAACGAGUUUUAGGAUUUGUUUUGUUGCGAGGUGAUAAUAUAGUCUCGCUGACUGUUGAAGGGCCACCACCACCAGAGGAGGGACUACCUCGUGUACCGAUGCCCGGAGCUGUAGCGGGUCCUGGUUUGGGACGUGCUGCUGGUCGGGGAGUGCCGGUGAAUAUUGCAUCGGCUCCAGCUGGUUUGCAGGGUCCAGUGAGAGGUGUAGGUGGACCAGCACAGCAGCAUAUGACACCAAUGGGUAGAGGUGUGCCGCGAAAUCCAAUGAUUGGUGCACCAUUACCAGGUAUGGUGCCCGGUGUAAUGCCGCCCAUGCCUGGUGGUAUGGGGCGCGGUGGGCCGCCACUACGUGGACCACCACCUGGUAUGAUGCGUGCUCCACCACCGGGUCGUGGAGGUUAUUAAUUGUAUACAUAUGCAUUUAUGUAUUUCCAAUAAAGUCUAAUUUACCUAAAUAUAUUUAAAGAGAAUUAAUUUUGAAAACUA